UGCGGAGCUCCCUCGCUGUCCAACGCGUUUACUGCAGGUACCUGCGCUGGGGUGAUGAGGCGCUCUGCAGUCGCCUCGCUAAGUAACUGCUCUACCAUCUGUGUCUUGGUGACUGCCUGCUCGAAGGUAGACGGAUUAUCCAGUUUCACAAAGUACCUGAUGUCACUUCGCAAACGGGCCACGAACUCCUCCAAGACGCGGUCUUUCAGAGUGGCAGCGUCCUGUCCAGCUGUUGCUGCUCUUACUGAGUUAAGAACUCGGUUCGCGAAGGUGGCCGAGGACUCCCUUGGCUCCUGACGGCAGGAAGAGAGCUUCUGGCGAGCGACGUACUUUUGCUGCGGGCUCUCGAAAAAGGUUCUCAGGUGACUAGCCACUGAAUCAAAAUCCUUACGUGCGCUCUCCGUGAGCUCCUCCACUUUCUCGCGGGCAACCCCGUCUAGGUGUCCGAUCAGGAAGUUGGCUUUCUGCUCCGAGGUGAGUGGGGAAGGUCGCAUCCGUAUGACAUGUUCGAGGCGGUGGAGCCACGCUGAAGAUUGCACACCUUCCUCAGUAGAUCCUUCAUCGAUCUUCAUUGAUCUUCUAAGGCAGAUGUCUGCGACGUGGCCUCCUUCCAUACCCUUGCAAUAG